GAUGGUGAAUAAGUGUGCUCGAAUCCAUGACUUCAUCAGGCUGGGCUUGACGGAUGCCAAGUUACCUCUCCACCCACAACAUGAGGUAUUCCAGAGUCAACGCAGUUGGAACCAUCCUGAUAUCACUUUGUUCUGCGAGGCAUACCAGUGGCGUUUGACAGUGCCUUACUUUUUCAAGGAAAGGAGGCCCAGGCGAGUAUGUGAGCUGGAGCUGCAACCCAACGACAUCAAGCCUUGGGAAGUCUUGCGCACGAUAACACCGCCUACAAACCCCCAACCUCGACCAACUAUGCAACUGCCCAGGAUCAAUUUGCACAGUAAUCGAUACGGCGGCUUCGGUGAAGUCCGCAAGGUCGUUAUUCACCCCACGCAACACGAAUACAGGGAUAUCCUUGCUCAGUGGUCCGCAGAAAAUAAUAUUUUUGCACUCAAGAGGUUGUUCACAGGCAAUAAGGAGGAGUUCGACAAAGAAGCUGAAAUGCUCAAGAGAUUUGGCGGAAUACACCCCCACAUUAUCUGUCUGCUGGCCACCGUGGUCUGCUUGGAAAAUGGAAUUCCUCACUUCCACCUCCUGUUCCCUUGGGCCGACACAGACUUACUCAGGCUAUGGAAGCUGCAGCCGGCUGGAAUCCACGGCGUUUAUAGGGUCAGUUGGCUGGCCGAACAAUGCUAUGAGAUUGUGAAAGCCGUGAACUCGAUUCACAACCCGAAUCCUCGUAUAUUCAUAGACGGGGUGGAAAAGUGGGGACGACACGGGGAUAUCAAACCCCAGAACGUGCUGUGCUUCAUAGAGCCUGGGAGCCGAAAGAUUAAGUUUGUGUUAUCAGACCUCGGCCUCGCCCAGGCGCGUGGCGACGCCACCAGAUCCAACAUACCUGGGGAAGGCCUUCCAGGAACGCCCAACUAUCGGCCGCCAGAGUGUGAUAUGGCGCCUCAUCAGGGUGGAAAUCUUGGAUACGUCUCCAGAAGCUACGAUAUUUGGACUUUGGGCUGUCUUUUCCUUGAACUCACUGUCUGGGCUCUUCAAGGAUGGGACGGGGCUGAGAGAUUUGCUUCUGAUCGA